AUGUGGAAAAAACUAGGAGAUGGUUGGCGGCGUACCGCUCUGCUCAACACCAUCCUCACAUGCACCCUCACGGCUUUUGGGGUCAUUUUGCUUUCUUACAGCAUCUCAAAGUCUGGGAGCCUCAGCACCAACUUCAUCAUUACCGAAGGGAGCUGCAAAAAGACCAAAUCGGUAAACACGUGGCUGCACCUGCUCCUCAACGCUUGCUCCACGGGCAUACUGGCUUCGUCGAAUUUCUUCAUGCAGGUGUUGAGCUCGCCGACACGAGCCGAAGUUGAUAGGGCACACCGGGAUAAUUUUGCUUUGAAGAUUGGCGUGCAAUCGAUGAGAAAUCUUUGGCGAGGCUCCGGGGUCAAACUCACCUGUUGGACGCUCUUCUUUUUGGGCUCAUUUCCGCUUCAUGUGAUAUUCAACAGCGCCAUCUUUCCCACUGAAUACAUGAGCCCCGAUUGGAACCUGACAAUUGCGGCAGAGGGUUUCAUAAGUGGCGCGCCAUAUUUCGGACCCGGCGCAGGUGUGUGGCCACCAAAGAGCAAAAGCGAUCAGUCCUUACUUAAUGUUACGGGAUAUGGACACAACGAAGACCUGUACGACUACUUCAAACCCACCAGUGAGGUUUCCAGGAGGAUCGAGUUUGCGGCCAACCAUGCUCAAGAUUGGAGACGACUAGAGGUUGCGGAUUGUCUGUCCCAAUAUCAAUACUGCAACGGACGCGUCGACUUCCGUGACGUCGUUAUGGUCGUCAAGGCCAAGAACUGGUCAGCCAUGGUAUCAAAUGACACCAGUCUUGGCUGGGAUCGAAGCAGUGUUUUCGUCCUAAGAAACUCAUCCGACAAGGCCCUCCAGGAUCUGUGGGACAAGAAUGUUCCUCCAAAUUCAACAAACUCUCUUUGGUUCGCUACCAGUUGCAAUACCCUUCCCCUCCUGGAUGGAGUACUUGAUCUGCAAUAUUGCCUGGUGCAACAAUUCUCACCUACCUGCAAAGUUUGCGUAUCGAAUACUCUGCUUAUGAUCGUCGUCACAGCUGCUGCUCUGAAGGCUAUCCUCUGCGUGGCUGCCUUACGCUGCCUAUCCGAAGAACAUCCCUUGGUCGUGCCUGGUGAUGCCAUCGCAUCUUUCAUCCGCUCCCCAGAUAGAUUCACUAUUGGGAGGUGUACACUGGACAGAGAACUCGAGGGUACAACGAAAGAUGGAAGAUACCCAAUGUUGGCUGGACCGUCGCACUGGUACACCCAGGACCGGAAAUGGUCACAGGCUAUCGAGGGCAUGGUUCUGGCCAGGACCUACGCCUUUCUCCUUCUCAUCUUCAUCUUCCUCGCUGCGAUGCUAUAUGCCUUGACACAUGACGUGGCCAAUGGAAUUCUCCACGUUUCUGGAGCGACCCCUGCUGAGUUCAUACCGGCCGUUGUAAAGGGAAACAUGCCACAACUACUUCUGUCAAUGUUCUACUUCGACUAUAACUCGCUGUUUACUCGUCUUUGCGCUGAGAAGGAGUGGAGUUCAUACGGAAGAGACUAUCGUCCACUUCGAGUGACUCAACCGCGGGGGCAGCAACUAUCGGCCUAUAGACUGCAAUUGCCGUAUCGAUACAGCGUUCCCUUGAUCUCCAUAUCAAUUUUGCUACACUGGCUAGUUUCAAACGCGUUGUACGUGUUUGUGGCCGAAGGCGGUAAGUCUUCUGUGUUGAUUGAAGGUGUGUCCACCAUGUUUGGCGUUGACUGGUUAUUAGGAUACUUCAAACCCCCACUCCAGGAUCACGCCAUAUCAUUGAAAACUGGACUCGAUGAUGACGCUUUUGUCGGCAUUGGCUGGUCUGCUCCAGCAUUGCUGGCGCUCUUAGCGGCUGUUUCCAUGAUGGCUGUCAUUGCCUUGAUACUGAUGAGUAGGCAUAUUAAAAGCCCAAUGCCUCUUGCGGGGAAUAACUCACUGGUCUUGUCUGCGGCCUGUCACGUCCGUAUAAUUCAGAACGUGGGUACGUUCGGUUCUGAGGGACAUGCCUUAGGGGUAAGGAAGUACCACUCGGUACCCACAGAAGAGGUCGAUUCGUUCAUUGAUGAUCAGGACACCACUCAGAGAAACAGUACAUCAGGUUCACUUGAGAUGGUGAAUUUACUUCCAACUGAAUCUAGGGAAUUUGAUUACACAGUCGACUCCAAUGACUCUUGUGUUCUGAAGCCACGGAUCCUGGACGAAGAGCAAUACCUGCUUCGGGUCUCACAAAGCCCAGUUCGUUGGGGAGAAGUUACCACGAAGGAAAGUAGGAAUUGGCAGUAUACUAACGUGAAGGAGACAAUAGCACACUUGAGUUUUGGUACAAGGCAACACCAUGUUAAGGAGCCGGUAAAUGGGAAGUUGUAUACAUAG